GCCAAAGACCGUAGAGAGAGGUCGCGACGGUUGAAACGGGUAUCUACAGUGGAAACAAGAAUACGAAAGAGAGAAGGAAAAUAGUCGAUUAUUGGAUGAAGAUAGAGAGAGUUGCGAACGCUUCGGCGCACACGACAACGAGUAUUUAGUGUAAAAUUGGCAACGUUGCCUUUGAGAACGUCAGACGUCGCACGUUCGGGCCGGGGGAAGGAUCAUCGAGGACACAACACGUUGAGUUCGAGUCCCACAUUUGUGUGUGUGUGUGUGGCUGUAUGUAUGUGUGUGUUUCGUGCGUGUGCGCGCGUCGCUUUCUGUGUGUUGCUGGUUUAGGUUGGGUUUGUAUGCGAGUUCGAUAGUGCUGCCUCCGUGCGACCAUCCACUUAACUAUUAGUCGGCCUUUAACGGGCACCAGAGUCGUGCACACAACGGAACGAAAACCCCGAAAAAUAAAGAGAAGAAAGUAUGGCUUCAACGAAGGAUACGGCAACGUUCUUCCAUCACGGUACCAGUACCCAAUUCGAACGGGUUCUCACCCUUUAUCCUCAAGCGCUCCGCCUGAAAGCCGAACGGAAAACGAAGAAACCUGAGGAACUGAUAAAAUUGGAUAACUGGUAUCAAAAUGAGCUGCCGAAAAAGAUAAAAAGUCGAGGAAAAGACGCGCACAUGGUUCACGAAGAGCUCGUUCAAACGAUGAAAUGGAAACAAAUCCGCGGAAAAUUUUACCCGCAACUAUCGUAUCUGGUCAAAGUGAACACUCCGCGAGCUGUAAUGGCAGAAACCAAGAAGGCCUUUAGAAAACUGCCCAAUUUGGAACAGGCGAUUACCGCCUUGUCGAAUUUGAAAGGAGUCGGGACAACGAUGGCAUCAGCUUUAUUGGCUGCUGCGUGUCCGGAAAGUGCUCCCUUCAUGGCUGACGAGUGUCUGAUGGCGAUUCCGGAAAUCGAAGGUAUCGAUUACACGACCAAAGAGUACCUAAAGUUCGUCAAUCACAUACAGAACGUAGUCGAGAGGUUAAAUAAAAACCCGAAUACGACGAAUAAAUUUAGUUGGUCACCUCAUAAAGUCGAAUUGGCUAUUUGGACCCAUUACAUUGUGUCUGAACUUAAACCGGAAUUGCUCUCUUCAAUUUUAGAGAAUGGAAACUCCGUACCAAAUUCUCUUAUUCAAAACGGUGAUUCACUGGACAAUACCACAUCGGAUGAGAGUAAUCAAGGUCCUCCUUUAAAUGGUAAAUCCUCAGGGCCGCUAUUAGACGAGGAUACAAACACUUCGUACACAGAAGAUAGCUUGGAUAAACCUUCGACGCCGAUAACGAUCGCGAACGAAGAGGAAACGAAUGAUUCCAUCGUGUCCGAAUCGACCAACGACUCGCGAUCGAGUAAUAACUUAGGUUUUAAUACGAAACGUAGGAUUCGGGAGGAAGAGGAAGACGAAGAUAACUCGAGUUCCGUCGAUCAACCGAAUAAGAAAGUGAAAGAUGAUGUUGGGAAUAAGUGACAAAAUGAAGAAAAUGGGAUGGGGAUGAGAAGGAUGGGUAGAAGGGGGAAUGUGGAUGAAGAAAUGGAAGAACGGUUAAUAUCGUGAGAGCCCCUUUUUUUACUUUUUACCUUUAAAAAAAUUUAUUAUUAACUAAUUAUUGAUUAAUUAUUAGGUAGGGAUUUCUUUUCGAGUUUUUUUUUGUAAUAUUAAUAACAAUAAUUUAGGAUUAAAACUAAAUUGGAAAGAAAAAAGUCAUUGGACGUGUAUAAAAUGGAGAUUCAAAAUGAACUAACUAAACAUUUUAAAGAUUAAGACACGUUUUUGAAAAAACAAAACUUUUAAAACUAAGUUACCACGUUUUUUUGCGUUUACUUUCCAAAAUUGAAGUUAAAAAACAAAAUGAAAAAACCAUGGAUGGAAAAAAUCUUUUUUUUACUCGUCGUUAUAGCGUCUAAGAUAGAAAUUACAAGUUAAAAA